GUGAGAGAGCUCUCUCGAUCGAGCUUCCCGCACCUCCCCGAUCUUCUCAGCUCAGCCUCCACGACUCGAAGCUCGGAUUUUCUUACGUCAAGUCCAGCUUGUCGGUGAGCGACGAGCGACGAGCUUCAGCUAUUUUUCGAAAAGAAAAGAAAAGGAGAAGCUUCUAAUAUAUUGGCGUUUUAGGUUCAUGUUCCGGCGCCAAUGGGACAUAUCGAAAAAGGGUUGGGAAGCGGUGAUGGGCCGUGGUCCGCGGCUGCGAUGUCCAAUAUCGGUGAGCCGCUUCAACUGCGGCUGUUAGCUUGUACCGUAAUUCCCAGGCAGUUGAAUGCACAAAGUCUACCGCGCCGUUACCGCGUCAUAACCUGCGAAGCUCAACGGUUUCGCCCCCUUCACGUAACCUUGUCCAUCGGCUCCGACGGAGGACAUAUUCGGAAAGGGCAAGAAAGUUCAAGUAAACUCGGCAACCCAUAUACAAGCUGUGUCCGUACCUUCCUCCGCUUCUUCACGGAAAAGAAGCCGGCGGGGAGAAAGCCGGUUGGGAGAUCCUUGCGUGGAUGCGAUGCAAGGCUCAUCCCCAACGUAUUCUAUCACACACGUCAUAUCCACGAAGGAAAAGGAAGUCCAGAUUCUAUAUACAAUGCCGCUGUCUAUCAUUCUAGCAUCUAACUCAUGAAUCGUGUUGGUAUGGGAACCAGGCAAGGCAAGAGCCUCACCGACACAACCGUCGCGGCAACUUGCAGGAACCUAUUUGGUUGGAACCAAGAUCCUCCACAAUCACGUCUGCUCCAGCAGCCUGUAGCUGUUCCAACGUGUGAGUCGUAGUCAAGGCAAU